CUCUUAACUCUUCAAUCUAUGGUUUGGGAUAAAGAACACAAAGAAAGCAAAAGGAGAUUUUUUGUUUAUCACUACCUGCCCAAACUCAGUGGUGAUAUGGCUAGAUUGGUGACCGAUAAAGAAGAACUUAGUCUGCACGAUUUCCAUAAACGUCAUCAUAAAAACCCUCGAGCAAUGGGUGUUGCUGUCGGAAACGUCAAAUACAUUCUCUUACAAGUGCUUCAAGGAUUGAAUUAUUUGCACGACAAUCAUCAAUGCAUCCAUAGGAAUGUGAAGGCCAGCAACGUGCUCAUAAAGUUCUUCUGUAAUUGUGAUAAUCCUGUUCAAUGCUCGUGUGAUGUCAAGUAUCAAGUGGUCAUCUGUGACUUCGAUGCUGCGCUAGAAUUGGACUCAUCUUCUCGAAUACCUCCCACCACCACUCACUCAUCACGCUCACAAGCUAAACAGUACGAGAUUGUUCCGGUGGGUACAAAUGGGUUCCGAUCGCCUGAAUCCAGUAUACUCAUGAUUGCUAAUUCCCCUGAUGCGUUCUCUCCACCCCUCUCCACUAAGGCGGACAUCUACAGCUUUGGUAUUCUCUCAAUGCGACUCAUGAUGAGCACGGACACUCCGUACAGUCAGCGGGCUAUGUCCACACUGUUGUUAUAUUACCAUCAGAGCCUGGGGGUCAGUGAGGGGAGACUCAAAAGCCCCAGUGUGUGGAGGGUGGAAGAAAGUACAGUACUGAAGUUGCUCAAGCUCCACAAGCUCAAUGCAAGGAUGAGAUGGUUAAGAGGAGCCUAUGAAUUUGCCAGCAAGUGUCUAUUAGUGGAUCCAGAGGAACGGCCAUCAGCAAGCUCUCUUCUCAAGGAUCCAUUCCUUAAUUGUCACAUGUGCAGAAUAAAGAGAUACAAACGAUUCGAAUGUGCUUGUUUCUGAGGACAUGGCAAAGCAUCUAACAUCGAUCUGAUUUUGAUUGAUUGCAAUUAAGAAUAAAAUCACCCCCUACCAAGCAACGUAUACUUUUUUGAAAGACCCUCUCCCAAAUUUGGUCAACCAUCGUGUCACAGUUAAUUCAGAUCUUGAUUCCGAAUAUAAAUGAUGAAGAGCGUAAAAUUAGAAACAUAAUAGAUUUGUAUAUACUUGACUGAAGAGCGUAAAAUUAAUAAGAAAACAUAAUAGAUUAAUUGAUUUGUACUUGGCAAUUGAUUGUACUUAGCGGUAUAUGUUAUAAUUAUUGUACUUGAAUAAAUGAAAAUAAAAAGAGUUCACAUUGGAUGUGACGUCCUGUCUA